UGUUCAGAAUGCGAAUACACAACACAAAGAAGAAAACAUUUUGAAAGACAUGAGUGGUGCCAUGCAGUCGACUAUCCUUUCAAAUGUGAAUAUUGUAGUUUCUCGUCAAAUACAGAAAUCGCAGUUAAAAGACAUGUAGCUUCAUUUCAC